AUGUUUCGUUUCCUGCGAGGCUUUGCCCUCCCGGAGGCGGCUUGCGAAGCGGCCGAAAGCAAUUCGAGGUACGAGCGCCUCUUCAAGAAGCUGGACCUGAACGAAGACGGCCGAGUGGAUAUUGCCGAGCUGCAGGCCGGCCUGAAAACCAUGGGCAUCCCCUUGGGGGAUGACGCGGAGAAGAAAAUUUUCAAAGCUGGUGAUACUAACCAAGAUGGCAAGCUGGACAUUGAAGAAUUUAUGAAUUAUCUUAAAGACCAUGAGAAGAAAAUGAAACUGGCAUUUAAAAGUCUAGACAAAAACAAUGAUGGAAAAAUUGAUGCAUCAGAGGUUGUUCAGUCCCUUAAGAUUCUGGGUAUAGACAUUUCAAUUCACCACGCAGAGAAGAUUCUACAAAGCAUUGAUGCUGAUGGGACGAUGUCAGUGGACUGGAAUGAAUGGCGUGACCACUUCUUGUUUAAUCCAGCUACAGACAUUCAGGGAAUCAUCCGUUACUGGAAACAUUCUACUGUAUUGGACAUAGGGGAUAGUUUAACUAUCCCAGAUGAGUUCACAGAAGAGGAGAAAAAGACUGGCCAAUGGUGGAGACAACUUUUAGCUGGGGCCGUUGCUGGAGCUGUAUCUCGAACAGGCACAGCGCCACUGGACCGACUUAAAGUCAUGAUGCAGGUUCACGGCUCCAAGUCAAAAAUGAACAUAGCAGGUGGCUUGCAGCAGAUGGUGAAAGAAGGAGGCGUCCGUUCUCUUUGGAGGGGAAAUGGUGUCAACGUUGUUAAAAUUGCACCUGAAACAGCUAUUAAGUUCUGGGCUUAUGAACAGUAUAAGAAAAUGUUUCUUAAUGAAGAUGGGAAGGUAGGAACUGUGGAAAGAUUUAUAUCUGGCUCGCUGGCUGGUGCAACUGCUCAGACUUCUAUUUAUCCCAUGGAGGUACUAAAGACCAGAUUGGCUGUGGGCAAAACAGGACAAUAUGCUGGCAUGUUCGACUGUGCUAAGAAGAUUUUAAGGAGGGAAGGUGUGAAGGCUUUUUACAAAGGUUAUAUUCCCAACAUUUUGGGCAUUAUUCCCUAUGCUGGCAUAGACCUUGCUGUUUAUGAGGCUUUGAAGAAGACAUGGCUAGAAAAGUAUGCAACAGACUCUGUCAACCCUGGUAUACUUGUGUUGCUGGGAUGUGGUACUGUGUCCAGUACCUGUGGCCAGUUGGCCAGUUACCCUCUUGCACUUGUCCGAACUCGAAUGCAGGCUCAAGCUAUGGUGGAAGGAGGCCCUCAGCUGAACAUGGUUGGUCUCUUCCAAAGGAUAAUUGCUAAGGAAGGAGUCCUUGGACUUUAUCGGGGCAUAGCUCCUAACUUCAUGAAGGUGCUUCCUGCUGUCAGCAUCAGUUAUGUGGUAUAUGAAAAGAUGAAAGAGAACUUGGGGAUAGCAUGAAAGCAAGAAAGAAACAAAGUGAGAGAUCAUCAUGGAAUAUGCACACCAAAUGACAACUUUGUGUACUACAAAUUUAUUCACAUUUGCAAUCGGAGACCAGUCUUCUGUGCAAAGAUGCUGUGGGA